AUUUUUAUUAAUGUUCAUUAAGUGCUCUCUACAGUGAUAGAUUGUCUGAGCAGAUAAGACGGUGUAAUCACUGUAAAUAGACGAUUAUAAAGUUUAGUUUUACUGGUUUGUUCGCUCAGUUCGUACUAGCAUAACGCAUUUUCAUUCAACUUCAAUCAAUUAGAAGAUGUUACGGAUUAGUAGCACAUUUGCAAGGAAUAGCCAGUGCACCUCCUUAGUACGACUAUUCGCAUCCCAGAUUUCUUCUUUGUCUGAUGCUGAAAUACAAUUUCAAAAUGAAUGGAAUAUGGCGUUACCAUACGAGAAGAUCCCUGGACCAUCGCGGCUGACACUAUUAAAGGAUAUAUUACCUGGAGGAAAAUUUACAACAUUAAAUCUGCCGGAUAUUUUUGAGGAGUAUCGCCAACAGUAUGGGGAGAUUUUUAAAAUGAUUGGAAUGUUUGGCAAACCAGAUAAUGUACUUGUUUUCGAUCCAAAAGAUUUCGAAACAAUUUACCGUACAGAGGGUGUCUGGCCUGUGCGUCGCGGUUUAGAUACCGUCGAACAUUACAGACGAAAAGUUCGCCCAGAUAUUUUUGGUGGCGGCGGAUUAGCAAUUGAGCAAGGGAAAGAGUGGGCUGAAUUUAGGACAGCCGUGAAUCCGGUCAUGAUGCAACCUAAAAUUGUCAAAUUAUAUGUUCCUCAAAUUAACAAAUUCGUAGAUGAAUUUAUCCAAAGAAUGAGGAAAAUUAGAGAUUCAAAAACAUACGAAUUGCCUGAAAAUUUUGAAGAGGAACUAAAUAGGUGGUCGUUGGAGGCAAUUUCCAUAAUAGCUCUCGAUACUCGUCUCGGAAUUAUGGGCAAUUUGGACAAAAAUAGUAAAGAACAUGAAUUCAUAGCUGCAGCGAAGGCAUUCUUCUAUUUGCUUUCUACACUUGACUUCAAACCAUCGCUCUGGAAAAUAUUUCCAACUACAGACUUUAAAGAAAUGAUGCGCGUUUUAGAUGUCAUAACAGAUUUUACUUUACACCAGGUCAAUGAAGCGAAGAAACGUAUCGAAUCUUCCGAAAGGAGCAGUACCAAACACGAAAAUGAACAGAGCGUUCUCGAAAAGCUUAUCAAAAUCAAUCCAAACAUAGCUACCGUCAUGGCUAUCGACAUGAUUACAGCAGGUGUUGAUACAACCAGUUCGGCUAUUGUCAGUGUCUUAUAUAACCUAGCAAAAAAUCCCGAGAAACAAGAGGUUCUUCGAAAUGAACUGCGGAAAAUUCUCCCUGAGAAAAGUAGUCCGCUAACUCCACAAAACAUGACUAAUCUACCGUAUCUACGAGCAUGUAUCAAGGAAGCUUUAAGGAUUCACCCUGUAGUUAAUGGGAAUUUUCGCGAGGCUGGAAAGGAUUUAAUACUGAAAGGCUAUCGGAUACCUAAAGGAACAGGAAUCAUUCUUCAAUCCUCACAUACACAAGUGGAUGAAAAGCUGUACACUAAUGCUAAAAAGUUCAUCCCCGAGCGAUGGCUCAGAGAUCAGGAAUCUGGGCUUAGCAAUGAAGCGAAAAAUGUGAAUCCUUUUACAUUCCUUCCAUUCGGCUUCGGACCUCGAAUGUGCAUUGGACGGCGUUUCGCGGAACUCGAGAUAAUGUUGUUUGUAUCAAAAGUUGUUAGGAACUUUUGUGUUGAAUGGAAGCGACCCGAUUUGAAGUUCAAAGCGACCUCAAUUAAUAUACCUGAUGGAAACCUACAAUUCCAAAUCAAGGAUUUAGAAAAUUAAAUUUUAGAAUGAAGUAUAACUUCCUUUUUUCAAAACUCAAUAAAAACUAUUGUAUG